GCUGAGCAGCUCAGUGAGAGAAGCCCUCUGCGCCCAAAGCUGGACUCCAACCCCAUCUCUGCCAUGGAGGGGGUGGGGGAGACUCCCCCAGCCCCACUUCCCCAUCAGUAAAGGAGGGGGCGAGAGUGGGUGCCCCAAUGCGAGCCCCUCCCCACCAGGGCAGAUUCUUGGGGGCGCCCACUUGGAGGGAGGAACUGGCCAACGGACCAAGGUCUUUCCCUCACCUGUGAGCAUGGCAAACAAAGGUCCCUCAUUUGGCCUGAGCAGAGAUGUCCAGGCCAAGAUUGAGAAGAAAUAUGAUGAUGAGCUGGAGGAGCGGCUGGUGGAGUGGGUCGUGGCCCAGUGUGGCACAGAAGUGGGUCGCCCUGACCGUGGCAGGCUGGGCUUCCAGGUCUGGCUAAAGAAUGGCAUUGUGCUGGGCAAGCUGAUCAACAGCCUGCACCCCUCUGGCUCGAAGCCUGUGAAGAUCCCGGAGUCCCCGCCCACCAUGGUCUUCAAGCAGAUGGAGCAGAUCGCUCAGUUCCUAAAGGCGUCCGAGGACUAUGGGGUGGUCAAGACGGACAUCUUCCAGACUGUUGACCUGUUUGAAGCUAAGGACAUGGCUGCUGUCCAGAGGACGCUGAUGGCCUUGGGCUGCCUCGCUGUGACCAAGAACGACGGGCACUAUCAGGGAGACCCCUCCUGGUUCAUGAAGAAAGCCCAGGAAAACAAGCGGGACUUUUCAGCCGCACAGAUGAAGGAAGGCAAGAACAUUAUCGGCCUGCAAAUGGGCUCCAACCAAGGGGCCUCGCAGACAGGCAUGACUGGCUACGGCCGCCCCCGGCAGAUCAUCAGCUAGACGGGGAGUAACCGGCAGGCAGCCCUCCUGCUCCUGUGCUAGCCGCCCCAACGCCCCCCAAUGAAUCCUGUCACGAGGGAAGCGCCCACUGGGUCCCCUGAACUCAGUCCACCCAGCGAUACCUGGCGGCAGGCACAAGCAAGGACCCCAGCAAGGCCCCUCGGUGGGGCUAGCCUUCUCUGGCCCCAGCCCCUCGCACGCUCUUUGCUUCACUGGCUGCCCCGCCCGCUCCGCAUGGCGUAGUUUCAGAUCAAGUGGAGGGGCUGGCCCAGCCCCUGAGGGAGGGCAGCCAGAAACCACGGCCCCUGCAGCGGCGGUCUUGGAAAUAGCUGAAACUUGCACAAGGAAAGUAAUAUCCUUUCGUAGUGGGGAGCGCCUCCCCCUUCUGCCCAUUUUGUACUUCUUUUGUUCAUCAAUUAAAAUGAUGAAUCUC